UUUUCAUUGAUCCAUUGAGCGCGCUCGCGAGAGAGAAAAGGCGAGGAAGAAAUCGAUUAGGUUCUUCGGUGGCGAGAGAGAUCCGGUAGCUCUCGCUUUGGAUCGUUGGUCAAAGUUGUGAAGUGGUCGAAGGGAGUUUAUGUGCAUUCUUCCUGUUGGUUUUGGUCCGUCUGUGUGGUGGAGUGUAUCGUCUGUGCUCUGCAUUUUUUAGGAGCCAGGUCUAUCUUGAUCCACCGCUGGAAAUUCUUUGAUCCGCGAUUGCGCUGCCUCGAGGCAUCGCUCGCGCCAGUUUUGCUUUUUGCAUAUAUCUUUCUUUCCCUCCUGGGAUUGUUUGACAGACCCCGGGGUUUUGCGUUUCGAUUUUGUGCAUAGUCGCGUCGAGAGGGAUAAAGCUUCCAAGAAAAUCGAAAAAAGAAAACAUUUCGCCUGCGUGAGAUUGAUAGUGAGUCUGAGAUCGAUUUCGAUCGAAUCGAUCCAAGUCCAGUAUUCUAGUGUGCAUAAACUCGCUCGUCCCAAUCCCAAUUUUGCUGUGUUGUAUAUUUUGCUUUGUUCUUAACAUCAUGGGGAAGUGUUCUAGCAAAGAACGUGUUGGAAAAGCAAUGGUCUCCAAGAUCAAUGCCGUCCAGAAAUCUUCGGGGGCUUCGAGCUCGAAUGACAACAACAACAACAACAACAAAUCCAACACAAAGCCACAGUCCAUUCCAAGCUCGAGUGGUAGCACCAGGGUCCAGGACAACAAUUCUCCCAAGAAUGUUGGGGUGGUGGUGCCACCAAUCUCCAUCCCUGCCCCUCCCGCCCCGGCUGUAGGCUCAAAUAUCCAACGAGGAGGCCCCGGCUCGGUGUCAGACAGAUUCCACGAUGCACAAGAAGAACUCCCGGACUUCCCCACGCUCGACGCCCAAGGCAACGUCCCACCCGAGGAGCACCCAACUCCAAAGAUGGGCUCCUCUUACAAGCAGCCAUCCUCGUCGUCCCCAGCGUCGUCUCCCCAGGAAGUGAAAAAGAUCCAUUCCUACGCAUACGUGGUGGCCCAAGCGCCACCAUCCGCAAGUAAGUUGAGCUCGAGUUCUUCGUUUCCAGGUAAGUCGUCUAACCUCGAGGUCCUUAGCAGUAGUAAUAGUAGCGCUGGUAGUUUCGGUAGAAGCCAGAGCCUUGAGACGUCUAGUAGAGCUAGCGAGACAACGUUUUCUCACACAACCACCAGAACACCAUCGAAAACUCCAGAAACCGUCGUGAAGCCCGAGUUAGUUUCGACUCAAACACCAAGUGCUAAGCCCGAUCCUUACAAAUCCGACUCGAAAUAUGCCAAGCCUGCUUCUACAACCAAGCUAGCUCCUGAAUCAAAAACCAAAAGUGUUGAGACCAUGAAGCCUGCCCCGGACACCAAAGGUAAGCCCAUUAGUAUCAAAGGUAACAAGCCGCCUCCUCCGGUUCAAGAGAAGGCCUCACCGAAAGCCAAGUCUCCGCCUAAGGCCAAGGCUUCCCCGACGCCAGUAAGAGUUACAGAGCCUGCGAUGCAAAACCGCAAAGAAGAGAAAGCUGCCGGCGUUUCUCGUCGUGGCUUUGUUCUCGAGGACUGGGAACUUGUCUCCAAAGCCACUGAAACACCGGACGACAAACAAAAGGCAUCAAGAACAGCAAAUACAGAGACCACAAAAGCUGGGCCGGAUAGGAAAGCAGUGGAUAGUCUAGGAAAACCAGGUGGCGCGAUCAGGCCUCAAGCGGGAUCUGAUGUAUCAUCAGAAAACCGAGUAGGAAAACAGGCAGCCCCCCCGGAGAUUAUAAAAGAACAGAAGGCCAGGGAGAUCCCAGCGAUGGAGAAACGUUCAUCACAUUCUAAAGCAGCAACAGCAAAAAAAGUCAAAGCUACACCGGAAGUGCAUGUGACAGCAACUGAGCCGGGAAGUGAUAACUCCAUGUCGAGCUUCAGUGGACCGUCUGAUUCAUCAAAAGUUGGCGAGGAAAAACAGCAUGCUCAAAAGCGUGAAGCUGCUCAAGUUGGCGCUGGAACGAAGAGAAAUUCGGGACAGGAGGAGCCAGUAAACAUUGCGAAAGAAGUACCAGGUAAUGCUACAAUCAAGGAUGUUACAAGGGAUUUUGACAAGAAAACUCCACAAGGAGCUCAGAACAAACGAGAAGAUGAUACGCCAAAGCAGGAAGCUAAGAUAGAUCAGAUCGGCAUUGGCACAUCGGUAACAACUUUAGGAGAGAUACAAGAGAAACCACAAGCAAUUGCCGCUCUGCGUAAGGAAGAAAAGGCACCUGUGCCACAGGAAGCGCCAAUAUCAGCUACAGUGGCAGAUGCCACAUCCAAAUCAAAUCUUGAUGUGCCUACGGACAAAGCGCAGCACCGGGCGAUAGCUCCAUAUGCGAUAGUGAAGCGGGAAAAUGAUGAUUCGUGCGUGGAGGAAAAGCCCGCUGACAAAUUUACAAUGAAAUUGGAAGACAACGUAGAGAAGCCAGCCGUUUCUGAGCAUGAGCUCAAGCUACCAGACAAUUUUUACGGUGCUCAGACAAUUGCAGCUGCACAGAACGUACAAGUCGCGACUCCAGCAGAAAUGCAAGUGCUAUUGGACAUAUAUCCUGAGACUGUGCAAAGAAAUGAGGAGCAGACUGCAAGUGACGUUUUCCUGGAUCCAAAAGCCCCUGUACCUUUGGAAUACUUAGCAGGACUAGUCGAACACGUCAUACGUACCACAACAGAGGACCAUGAAAACGUGACACCGCCCCAAAUAAAGAGAAGUGCGCAUCCCAACCAAGGAAAGGACAACAGAAAAGAAAGAGACGAAAUGGUUUCGGAGGGCCUGCCCGUUCCCAAAGUCGUACAAGAAACAUCGAAGGCCGUCGAGUUACAACAAGCCACGCCUUCAGAAGCCAUGCCUGUGGUUAAAAAGAAGGCUGCAAGGGAGGCAAUACCCGAGCCUCCAGCAGCAAUACCUCCAACCCCGGAAAACAAGGAAAAAGAGAGCCAUGACGCAGCCAAGUUGGCUGUAGAGCAUGCUGAGGCCGAGGAGAGUGAUCCCAAGGCGAUUGUGAAGGAGGGAGAAAAGGUGGCAGACCAAGAAAUUAAGAGGUCCCCGCUGGAUUCCACACACGCGACAGAUUCUGUGGUGAAGGAGACAGCAGCUCCUGCCAGUGACGAUUUUGCUCAGCGAGUGGCACAGGAGAAGAAAGUCAGGGAGCUACAGAUUUCUGAACGUGAGCUCGAGCUGCCUGUCCCAGUAGUCUCGCAGCACGCACAGCAGCACGUCAAGGAGCAGAUACAAGCUGUACUAGAGGAUGCAAAGGAUGCCAAGGAGGUGGAACAAGCUGAGCCAAUAACAGCUCUAGCAGCAAUGCCCGUGGCCGACGAGGUCUUGCCCGCAAAAGACAAACCUGAGAAGGCCAAGGUGGCUGUGGACGACCAGGUGGAGCAUUCUGACACCCAGGAGAGUGCUCCAGAGCUGAUCGUGGAGGAAGAAAAAGUGGCGGAGAGAGCCGUGCCGGAUUCCACGCAGGCGAUGGAUCCCAUGGUAGAGGACACACUGGCAGCAGCUGCCAGUCUAGACAUUCCCAAACAAGUAGCAGAGGAGGUAAUCAAUGUCGAGGAGCAAGUUUCUGAACGUGGGCACCAGCUGCUCGUCCCAGGAGAAAAAGUCCCACAGCCCACAGGCAAGGCUGUUAAGGAGCCACAUGCUGUGCCUAAGGCAGUUCCUGAGGCUGCAAAGGAGGUGGAACUGGCCGAGCCACCUGCAGCUCCAGCAGCAAUGCCUGCGGUCGAGAAUGUAUUUCCCGCACACAACGAAAUCAAGGAGGAAGAGAGCAUUGAGACGGCCGACGUGGCUGUGGAAGACAAGGAGGAGAAUGCUGACGACAAGGAGAGUGUUCCAGAUGCGAUCGUAAAGGAGGGAGAAAAGUUGGCAGAGCCAGAUAUUGAGAGUCCUGUGCCAGAAUACAUGCAUGCAACGGAACCCGUGCUGGAGACACUGCUAGCAGCCCCAUCAAGAGAAGACAUUCACGAGCAAGUGCCAGAGGAGGAAAUCAAAGUCAAGGAGCCACAACAAGUUUCCAAACGUGAGAUCAAAGAAGAUGUCCAGCAGGCUGCGGACGAGGCUUUCCAAAAGACAGGCGAGCCUGAGGCCGUGCCUGAGAAAGCUGACGAGGCCGCUAAGAAAAUGGAACUGGCCGAGCCAGUCGGAGCUCCAGCAGCAACGUCUGCAGUGGAUGACGUUUUGCCCACACAGGACGAAAUCAAGGAGGAAGGGGGCAUAGAGCCAGCUGCUGUGCACGACCAGGUGGAGAAUGGUCACGCCGGAGAGAGUACUCCAGACGCGAUCGUGGAGGAGGGAGAAAAGUUGAUGGAGCCAGGGAUCGAGAGUGCUCUGCUGGAUUCCAUGCAUGUGGCAGAUCCCGUUAUGGAGGACACACAGGCAGCAGCUCCUGCUAGUGAACACAUUACCAGGCAAGUGGAAGAUGAAGAAAUCAAAGUCGAGGAGCCACAACAACUUUCCAAACGAAAGCUGAAGCUGCCCGUCCCAAUAGAAGAACUCCCACACACGACGAACGAAACCGUCCAGGAGCCAGAGGCUGUGGCUGAGGUCGUUCCCGGGCCAGAGGCCGUGCCUGCGACUGCUGAAGAACCUGACCUGGAGGUGGAAACGGCCGAGCCACUCGUAGCUCAAGUACCAACCACCACAGUGGAUGCCGUCUUACCCGCACACAAGGAAAUCGAGGCCGAAGAGAGCAUAGAGCCGGCCGAGGGGGCUGUGGAUAACCAAGUGGAGAAUGUCGAGCCCAGGGAGAGUGCUUCAGUCGCGGUCCUGGAGGAGGGAGAAAAGUUUGCGGUGCCAGAGAUCGAGAGUGGUGCACCGGAUUCCAUGCAUGCGACAGAUCCCAUGGUGGAGGACACACAGCGAGCAUCUCCUUCCAGUGAAGACAUUCACGAGGUCGUGGAAGAGGAGCAAACCAAAGUCGAUGUGCCACAGCAAGUUUCCGAACGCGAGGUUGAGCUCCCCAUUCCAAGAGAAGAACUCCCAGAGUCGGCGAAGGAAGCCGUCCAGGAGCCACAGCCUGUGGCUGAGGCCGUUCCCGGGCCAGAGGCCGUGCCUGAGGCUGCUGAGGAACUUGCCCAGGAGGUGGAACUGGCCGAGCCACUCGUAGCUCAAGUACCAACCACCACAGUGGAUGCCGUCUUACCCGCACACGAGGAAAUCGAGGCCGAAGAGAGCAUAGAGCCGGCCGAGGGGGCUGUGGAUGAC